GCCUCCCCACUCGCCCCCACGCUUAACACCCCCCUGGGGCUUCGUUCUUUCCUGGGCACCUCCCUCCCCUGGGAUCCAGGCAUCCUGCUCUCCAGCAUGUCCUUCCUCAGGCAUGCAGGGAACUUCCAAGCAGUGACAUCUGAGGAAUUCCAUCCGGGAGCCACCCAUGACUGCAGAAGAGGAAGGACACAGGAGGAUAUCCUGGUCCCCUCUCCCCACCCAGAGCUGUUUGCAUCGGCCUCCAGGCUCCAGCAACCUCAGCCCUUUCCUCCCCCCUCAGGAAUCCUCCUGUCCGCCUCUAGGGCCUCCGCUCCAACUCUGCUGUGCUCGCCUCCUCCCUCCCAUUUUCCUUUCAGUCUCAGCUCUUUGGUCUAAGCCUCCCAGAGAUCCUUAGAAUGUUUCCCUCGAGGACCUCUCUCCCUGGUAGUCUGUUAGACUCUCAGAAGUAACAUGUCCAAAAUAAUAUUUGAUUCCUCCCA